AUGGACGUACGUCGCCUACAUAAACCCUGCAAGCAUCCCAGUACUGAUCACCACCACAAAAACAACUUGCAUCACCAAGCAAGAAAGAAGCUAGGGAGAGAGGGGCAUGGCGGCGAGGCGAGCCCUGGUCCUGGGUGCGUCGUUGUUGGUCGGCCUGGCCGUGGCGGCGGCGGCCGUGCGGGCCGAUCCCGGGGCGGGCGCGAGCAGGACCGGCAGGACAUGAUCGGGGAGUGCAAGAAGUACGAGGGGUGGCCGGCGGAGCCCAAGGUGGAGCCGUCGGAGGCGUGCUGCGCCGUGUGGCAGAGGGCCAACAUCCCCUGCCUCUGCGCCGGCGUCACCGAGGAGAAGGAGAAGGUGUGGUGCAUGGAGAAGGUCGUCUACGUCGCCAAGUUCUGCAAGAAGCCCCUCCAGCCUGGCUACCAGUGCGGAAGCUACACCGUUCCUCCGGUCCUGGGGCAGUAA